AAAGGAUAAUGAUGACUUUUGUAGUUCGUGUGGAAACCCGGGUAUAUUCAUAUGUUGUGAAAACUGUCCCAAAUCAUUCCAUUUCACAUGUUGCGAUCCCCCAAUUGAACAACCACCUGAAGACGACUGGUUCUGUCGAGAAUGUAUAGCUAAACUCCACCCCGAGAAAAUUAAAACGUACAACGACAUAGGAGUAUUUGGACAAUUACUUAACCAACUAGAAGUGAAAAACCCCAAAGUUUUUCAAUUACCCAAACAUUUACGUGAAGAUACCUUUAUUGGAGUCACCACCGGAGACAAUGGUGAUUAUAGUGACGACACAACUAAACCAGACGUGCCUUCUUCCAAAAACUCACAAGAUGUGGACAUAGAGUCUUCACUCUAUGACAAGGCAGGCAACCCUUACUUGUGUCAUAAAUGUGGAGAAUCCGGCAUGAACAACAGAACAUUGAUGCAUUGUGACUAUUGUCCGUUGAUUUACCAUAUUGAUUGUUUAAAUGACCCGAUAUGUGGACCUAAAACAAUUGGAAACAAAUGGAGAUGUCCUAACCAUAUAGAAGAUUUGUUACCUCCUGGAUACGCAAAGCUUCGACAGUUUAAGGACUGUCAAGUGGUGGAUAGUUCCUUGCAUAAAAGUUUUCUUAAAAUGGCCGCGAUGUCGAACAUACUUAUAAAGUUGGAAGACCAACCGUAUUUGAAACAGGAAGUUGCACCACCCAAUUUAGAGGAGUAUUUACAAUUUCAACAAGAGGAUUUUAAUAACAAGAUAUUGAAAAAUUGGGGUGAUGAUAUGGAUGCUAUCCAUCCUCAGUAUCAAGUUCCAUCAUACUUUCAAAAAACCAUAGCAACACCCGAAGGUGUCACAGCCAAGACUUCUUCAAAACUAGCAAAAAUGUUUACAUUAACUAAGCCAGGAACAAGUUCAUCAUUUAUUUAUAGAGUUCCUGAAAAACUGAUUGUCCUUGAUUUUAUAUCCAAGACUAAGAAACAAGAUAUAAUAGAGAAUGUUUCACAAUACACAGCCCAAUCCCGAUUAGAAACAAAUCCUGAGGAGUUGGAAUUAGUCGAGAAUUUAAAUCAGUUAAAAUCCAUAAACUUUACUGAAUUGUUAAAAGCCGUGGAUAUAGCGAGUGAAGAUGUCGAUACAGAACUAUCACUCAAAGAGAUCAAAGAGUUACGUUCAAUUAAGAAGUUGAUGGAAGCUAAAGGAGAAGAAGCAUUAAUGAAGUUUUUACAAUCGUAAAAAAAUAUGUAUUCUGCAUCUAGUAAUAUAUGUACAAGUAUUAAAUGAAAAGCAUCUUACUUACUUCUUCCCUUUAUGAGCAUCACCACUUUGUAUUGGUUAAACCAUAAAUUCAAAAUACUUUCAGAUCUAAUCAUUGGCAACACAUUUGAACCUAAAUUUGAUAUUGUUUGUGUCACUGGCGGCUCUACAGGAUUAGGUAAGGAAAUUGUCAAACAAAUCGCAGAUAGAGGGGCCAGGGUGGUUGUGCUAGACUUGAUUGUUCCUGAUGACCAGGAUAAGAUUCCCAAUGCCACUUACUAUAAGUGUGAUGUCAGUGAUAGACAGCAGAUUUUGGAUUCACAGAAACAAAUUUCUCAGCAGAUUGGUACAGUCACAGUACUUAUUAACAAUGCUGGUAUUACAACCGGCAGAACAGUUCUUGACUUAUCCUUUCAAGAAAUUGAGAAAACUAUCCAGAUUAACUUGUUAUCUAGUUUCUAUACCAUUAAGGCAUUCUUACCAGAUAUGUUGAAUUUAAAACGGGGAUAUAUAGUUACAAUUGCUUCUGUGUUGGGAUAUAUGUCACCAGCAAGAUUAAGUGCUUACGGUGCUUCGAAAUCAGGGUUGAUUGCCUUACACGAAUCAUUAACCUAUGAACUAGGUCCGCCAUCUGUCAACCCCCACGGAGUUAAAACUUUGUUAAUUUGUCCUGGACAACUUAGAACAAACAUGUUUCAAGGUGUGGCCACUCCUUCUAAAGUAUUGGCUCCCGAAUUAGAACCGGAAUUUGUGGCUUCUUGCGUUGUUUCCGCCAUAGAGCAAGGCAGAAGAGGUGAAAUUAAAUUACCACUUUAUGGAAAAUUUAUCCCAUUGUUUAGAGCAAUGCCAUGGCCAAUUGUGGAAUUGACUAGGAAAAUUUCAGGUAUUGACAAGAGUAUGAAUCAUUUCAAAGACAAGUUAUCACGAGUAGCCAGCAGUGUUGCUUCAAUUGCAUCAAGAUCAAAAAACCCUUCCCUUUUAGGAACACCAGCUGCCGUGGGCCCUUCCAAAAAUCUAUUAGCCAGAGCAAGUUCAUCAGCAGUUGCACAAAAGCAUUCAGCGCAUACAUUAUAGGUAAGUCCUCGGAUGAUCGGAAAAGCGCCCCUGGAUUGUUUCUUUUGUUCGGUAAGAAAAUGUGCAUGAAAAAACAACACGCGGAAUUUCGGAUGCAGAUCAAAUCACACCUUUGUGACAAGGGAGACGUCUUCCGAAUCUGGUUUUUUUUCUUUUUGAGUUCACCAUUCAAAAGUCUUCAGAUUUUCUAUUUUUGUUUGCUUUUUAUAGAAAACUUACUUCUAGAUGAAGUAUUGCUAGAGUUUGUCUUUUAGUAUAUAUAUAUUAUAACCGAUGUGGGAAAAUGAUUCCAUGCUUGGAAACUCCAAAGUGGAUACUAUUACAGUAACGACAAACUUGUCUAAUGUAACACAUGACGUCGUUGAACACGACCAUAUAAAUUUCCAUACUUAUACCGUAACUGCCAACCCCGAAGUUCCUUACCGAGGAAAGUUUAUCAUAUUGCAUGGUUGGGCGGAGCAUUCCCCCAUGUAUAUUAAUCAACUUGAAUUUUUAGCAAUGUUGGGAUAUGAUUAUCUUAUAUAUGACCAAAGAGGUAGUGGACAAACAUCCAAGGGGAAGUAUCGAGGAAGGUCAGGUCGAUACAGCACCGUAGCAUUAACAGAUCUUGAUUUCAUGAUUGAACAUUUCACUCAAGGGGAGGGAGAGAUUAACCUUAUAGGCCAUUCCAUGGGUGGGUCCAUAGCUUUAAGUUACAUGCAAAGCGGAAAAUACCGCUCAAAAAUCAACUCAGUCAUAGUAACCAGUCCAUUAAUUAGACUAAGCCCUUCCAAGCAACCAACCUGGCUACGUGUAAGCCUCGCGUCACUUAUAACAUUAUUGUUCCCUUAUUUUCACCAUUAUGAAGAACAGGAUCCAGCAGUAGUAGAAAAUGUUACCCAUAACACCAAAUGGCAAGCGUACCUUCUUGAGAAUGAGAGUUGCCAACCAGUAGGAACUAUCAAACAAAUGUUACAGUUAAUUUCGAGAGGUGAGGAUCUUUUGCAAACUGCAAGUGAAGUAGAAUCAAACGCAAAACUAUUGAUAUUUCAAAGCGAACAAGAUAUUAUUGUUGAUGCAAACGCACUGCGUGAUUAUUUUGAUCGAGUUCCUUUAGAUGUCAAGAAAUUUGAAUCAAUGCCUAAUAGUGGCCAUGCCAUAUUUUUAGAGAAUGAUUCUGUAUUAGACAGCGUCAAGAGAAUAAUUCUGGAGUUUCUUGGAUAAGAUAAUAUUCAAAUAGAACAAGUAUCUUGCAUCUUUGCCUGUCGCUGCUGAAUAUCCCGUUAGAGCGUACUAUAUGGUUUAUAUUAAAUUGCAUAUUCAUUAAAGUUUUCCCUGAUCUAUUUCUAAUCUCUUAAUUGGGUCACCAGUAGUAUUUCCAACCCAAGGCGUCUAAAAUUGCCGGUGAGCACCUUGUAACUGCAGUGUGUUCUUAGCAAACGCUUUAGGAAGCC